ACAAUUCACAACAAAGUUCCAGUACAGAGGUAGAUGCAUGGAUGAAUAACGGGAAUUUUUGGGGUGAGAAAUCCAGACAUGAGAAAUUCUCCAAGCCAACGGCCGUACACAUCAACUUAUUGCACUGCAAAUGUUAAGCACAAACAUUCAAUCCAGGACGAUUGUCUAAGAGAGCAACAACUUGAAUUCUACCAAGAUGGAUAUUGCCAGUACAAGCUCCGCAUCAACUGAAUGUCUUGAGGUUGUCCAAGUCAAGAAAGAGUUUAAAGACACAGAAGCAAAGGAUGUUCCACUACCAGAGGAUAUGGAUGAUUUGACUGAUAUCACAUGCCCUCUUUGUCAAGAUUACUUCCAUGAGCCGAAGAUACUGGACUGUCUUCACACUGUUUGCAGACCGUGUCUGGAAAAAGGCGUGUCAAAAAAAGAGGAUGGUUUCAAAGCAGUCCUCUGUCCCGUUUGUGAUGUCGAAACGAGAGCUCUGAAUGGCUUGACAGGGCUGAUGAACAACAACACCUUAAGAGGCCUGGUGGAGGAGGCAGUCCUCAAGGAUAAGAUCUCUGGCGACGUGUCUAAGAUUAGAUGUCAAGGAUGCGUAGAGGAUAACACCGCCGUCUCAAGAUGCAUGGACUGUGAUAACUUUCUGUGCCUUGAGUGUCAGAAUGCUCACCAGCGUUUGAUAGCCCUGAAGAACAAUAAUAUCGUACCCAUGGCAGACCUGAAGUCCGGCAAGAUCACCUUCAAGAGCAAGCUGAGAGAUCAAAAUCCAAAGUGUAGCAAGCACAGCGAUCAGAACUGCUGCUUCUUCUGUAUCACCUGUGAGAUGCUGAUAUGCACGACGUGCACUGUGCUUGACCACUGCAAGCCGGACCACAUCUACACUGACAUUACGGGUGCUAUAGACUGUUGCAGAUCAGAAGUUGGGAGUUUAAUGACCCAAGCAGAAAGAUCCAGAGAGUCUUUCCAAGAUGCCGAGACUCUGACCAAACACGCACAGAGCAGGCUGGAGCAGCUGAACAGUAACGCCCAGAGGAAAAUCUCGGCCAAAGCUGAUCAGGAAGUCGCCAAAAUCAGAAACAAGGAAAGCCAGCUGAGAGAGGCGCUUCAGUUAGUUCACCACCAAAGAGUCAUAGCACUGGGAAAGGUAAGAAUCAACAACAGCAAAAAGGUCAAGAUGGCAAAACAAAACCUUAAAAAGAUUGGCAAAAUUAUGUCACGGGCAAGCCACUCUGAGAUUUUGAGCCUUAAAUCCAAAAUUAAGCAUCAUUUGAAAGAUUUGAACAGCACAAGACGUGACUCUGUGCCAUAUGGCUUAUCAUAUGUCAACUUCAAAGAAAGCAAGUCUAACGAAAGCCUGGGAAAGUUUCAGAUGACUGAGAAAUGGGACUUGAAAUCAAAGGUUUGUGAAGAGAAUGAAAACACCAACCAGUUUGAUGAUUUGAUCCAUGUCGCGGCUUUUCCAAGUGGAAACCUCCUGAUCUUUAACAGACGUCGUAACCAAUUAAUGGUUUACAGUCCUGCUGGUGAGCAAAUGAAGAUCCUACCAGAUGAAGUAGGCCCCCUAAACAUCUCCACUGCGAUCGCCGUUGUUUCAGAAGACAGAAUUGUUGUCACUUCUAACGGCGCAGAGAAGAGAAGUGUCAAGAUGUUCGGUCCAGAAAACAUCGUCCUCUUUGAUGUUACACCAUGGGCGGAUUCGGGAAAACUUGCCUGCCUCACUGUGGUUGAAGGGAUUCAAGGGCAAGAGAUUGCAGUUCCCUUCAAGAUUGCAGUAGGCGACAGAGGAAAAGGUCGAAUUGGCCUUCUAGAUGAUGCUGGGUCUCUGCUAAAGACCAUACCGGCCGACCACAUCGGCCAGUAUCUGACCUUCAACAGGGCCACUCAACACCUGAUCUACACCAACUAUGAAAUGGGGAGACUGGUCGCCGUUGACCUCGACAGCAACAUAGUCUUCUCUGUUGAAACGUCAGACAUGAGCGGAAACCAGGUCUUCCCAACGGGGGUCUGCUGUGACGACCAGGGGGAGAUCUAUGUGGCAGCUCAGAAAAGUAAGUGUAAAAGAGGCAAGGAUGAGAUCUACCAUUACACCCCCGGGGGUAUUUUUGCCAAUACGGAGGUCAAGGAACUGUUUGACGCUCAUGGAAUCACCUUUAACAUUGACGAUUCUCUUGUGGUAGCUGAUUGCCGCUCUUUGAAAAUCUUCCAUCACAAAGAAAAUUGAAGGCCAUGACAAGAAAGGCAAUAUCCUGUAUUUUUGACUGCAUGAGGGCGCUCUCAUACUAUUGUUAUCACUUCAUUUAGGCCGUGUGCGAAACGACGAAUUCGGCUACAGCUACGUCUAGAUCCGCGCGUCAGUGUUGAAGAAUAGGCAGACACGCGCGAUCUAGCCGUAGCUGUAGCCGAAGUUGCCGUUUCGGACACGGCCUUAUAUUCAUUUAUACCCCAAAAUUGACUAUUGAAGACUGGAACACAUAACCACCACAGACAUCACAUCCAUCAUGGACAAAAAGAUAUAUUAUUGGAUGCCAUGUUACAAUCCUGUACAUUUUUAGUAAUUGGUUUUUCCUCUAAAUGACAAAGAUUUACUUGGAUGUUAUAUAAAACCCACAAAAUCAAUAAUAAAUGUUUUGCAUUCAUGCAAUGGAGAGAACACUUUCAUUUGUUGAAAGAUGAAACGUUCCAUUCAACUCAUGAAAAUAUUCUCACCAAUAAACUCAUACACAAUCAUUA